AUGCCGGCGUCAGGGGAUGAGUAUGUCGCGGACGGAUCUGACGAUGAUCUCCCACGGCGGCCCGGCCGCUCGCAGGCUCGAAAAGCAAAUACUCGCGAUUCUGCUCAAAACUUCGAGGUAACCCGGACAUGGGACUUGUUGACUGAGGGCGCCGAUGGAACCAUCACGGGUGCCGUGGAGGGCUUACUAGAGGCCGGAAAGAGAAAGAGACUCUUGAAAGACACAACUCCGCUCCAGCGUGGGAUCAUUCGCCAUGUUAUUCUAAUCCUUGACAUGUCGCUGUCCAUGACUGAGAAAGAUUUACGUCCAACCCGCUACCUCCUAACCCUCUUAUACACCGAGUCCUUCAUCAGAGAAUUCUUCGAACAAAACCCUAUCUCACAAUUAGGCAUUGUGGGCAUGCGCGAUGGAAUUGCCAUCCGGGUGAGCGACAUGUCGGGCAACCCAAACGCCCACAUUGCUGCCAUUCAGAAGAUCCGCAAAGAGGAGCCGAAAGGACAGCCAUCUCUGGAGAACGCCCUCGAAAUGGCUCGGGCAGCCCUAUUCCACGCUCCCAGUCACGGCACCCGAGAAGUUCUGCUGGUUUUUGGUGCUCUACACACGUCGGAUCCUGGCGAUAUCCACCGUACAAUUGAGACUCUUGUGGCCGACAAAAUUCGAGCUACAGUAAUAGGUCUGGCGGCGCAGGUCGCCGUGUGCGCCGAGUUGGUCUCCAAAACCAAUGACGGCGACUUGUCAAAUUAUGGUGUUGUACUUCACGAGCAGCACUUCCGCGAAUUACUCAUGGCGGUGACUACGCCUCCAGUCACGAACGAGUCGACCAAAGCUGCCAGUUCUUUGCUGAUGAUGGGCUUUCCAUCACGCACGGUGGAGGACCACCCUUCCCUCUGCGCCUGUCAUACUAAACCCUCUCGCGAUGGGUAUCUUUGUUCACGAUGCAGUACGAAAGUGUGUAGCUUACCGAGCGAAUGCCCUGUGUGCGGGCUGACGCUCAUUCUCUCGACCCAUCUCGCCCGAAGUUAUCAUCACUUAUUUCCUCUGGUUAACUGGCUUGAAGUGCCCUGGUCCCAAGCGUAUCGCAGCAAGGCUUGCUUCGCAUGCCUCAAACCCUUUCCCGUAGCGCCUCCCCGGGAGCAGUGGGAAACUUUGAAAUCAGCAUCGAGCAGCAGGUACGAAUGUCCAGUGUGCCACCAUCAUUUUUGCAUUGACUGCGACCUUUUCGCACAUGAGGUCGUGCACAAUUGUCCAGGUUGCCAGAGUGGGCGGAUGGAAACAAGCCUGAUGGGCGAGACUGAGACGCAAGGCAAAAUUGAUCAUGAUGACAAGGCUGAAGCGACGGGAAAUAGGAGACUAGCUGAAAAUGGAGACGAGAUGAAUGUCGAUGGCUGA